UUAAAUAACAUCUAACAUACUUCAUAUGACAAUACAGCAAGCAGUGUAUUGCGUAUAGCUUAAUAUAAAAUAUAGAAUGAUUUUGUAAUGUUGUAAAUACAAAAUGUAUUCAAUUUGUAAAAGUACUCAUCCAGCUACAGGUGUAGAACAUGCAAUAACAUGUUACUUCUUUAAUCGUUCAGAAAAAUGUCUUGUAGUAGCUGGCGCAAACAUUAUCAGAGUAUUUCGUUUAAUUCCAGACGUGGAUAUAACAAAAAAAGAAAAAUAUACAGAAUCACGUCCACCGAAAAUGAAAUUAGAAUGUUUAUCUCAAUAUACUUUACAUGGAAAUGUCAUGUCAAUGCAAGCUGUAACUCUUGUUGGAUCACAAAGAGAUUCUCUUUUAUUAAGUUUUCGUGAUGCAAAAUUAUCUGUUGUAGAAUAUGAUCAAGAUACACAUGAUCUUAGAACAGUAUCUUUACAUUAUUUUGAAGAAGAAGAAAUACGAGAUGGAUGGACAAAUCAUCAUCAUAUUCCUAUAGUUAGAGUAGAUCCUGAAGGUAGAUGUGCAGUAAUGUUAAUAUAUGGUAGAAAAUUAGUUGUAUUACCUUUUAAAAAGGAUCCAAGUCUUGAUGAUGGAGAUUUGUUAGAUAAUUCAAAAGCAUCAUCUAACAAAACUCCUAUAUUAUCAUCAUAUAUGAUUGUAUUAAAAUGUUUAGAAGAAAAAAUGGAUAAUAUAAUAGAUUUGCAAUUUUUACAUGGUUAUUAUGAACCAACAUUAUUAAUAUUAUAUGAACCAGUAAGAACAUUUUCUGGCCGCAUUGCAGUUAGACAAGAUACUUGUGCUAUGGUUGCAAUAUCAUUAAAUAUUCAACAAAGAGUACAUCCUAUAAUUUGGUCUGUAUCAAAUUUACCAUUUGAUUGUUAUCAAGCAGUACCAGUGAAAAAACCACUUGGUGGCACUUUAAUUAUGGCAGUUAAUUCUCUUAUUUAUUUAAAUCAAAGUAUACCACCAUAUGGAGUAUCCUUAAAUAGUUUAGCAGAAACAAGUACAAAUUUUCCAUUAAAACCACAAGAAGGGGUAAAAAUAAGUUUGGAAGGUUCACAAGUUGCAUUUAUAUCUUCAGAUCGUUUAGUUAUUUCAUUAAAAAGUGGAGAAUUAUAUGUAUUAUCUUUAUUCGCAGAUAGUAUGCGUUCAGUAAGAGGUUUUCAUUUUGAUAAAGCUGCAGCAAGUGUAUUAACAUCUUGUGUGUGCAUGUGUGAAGAUAAUUAUUUGUUUUUGGGAUCACGACUUGGUAAUUCCUUGUUAUUAAGAUUUACUGAAAAAGAGCCAGAAAAUUUGCAAAAUACAAAUGAGAAUGAAAUAAUACUUGAAGAAAAUGAAACUGAAGAAACUCCAGCAAAAAAAAUAAAACAAGAUUUUAUAGGAGAUUGGAUGGCAUCUGAUGUAUUAGAUAUAAAAGAUCCAGAAGAAUUAGAAGUGUAUGGAAGUGAAACACAUACUUCUAUUCAGAUUACAUCAUAUAUAUUUGAGGUAUGUGAUAGUUUAUUAAAUAUUGGACCUUGUGGUAAUAUAUCAAUGGGUGAACCAGCUUUUUUAUCAGAAGAAUUUUCACAUAAUCAAGAUCCUGAUGUUGAACUUGUUACAACUUCUGGUUAUGGUAAAAAUGGAGCACUUUGUGUUCUUCAACAUUCUAUUCGACCACAAGUUGUGACUACAUUUGAAUUACCAGGAUGUGAAGAUAUGUGGACUGUUAUUGGUACAUUAAAUAAUGAUGAACAAAUAAGACCUGAAGCAGAAGGAAGUCAUGCUUUUUUAAUUCUAAGUCAAGAAGAUUCAACAAUGAUAUUACAAACUGGCCAGGAAAUUAAUGAAGUAGAUCAAAGUGGAUUCAGUACACAAGGAAGUACAAUAUUUGCUGGAAAUCUUGGUGCAAAUAGAUAUAUAGUUCAAGUUACUCAAAUGGGUGUACGUCUUCUACAAGGAAUUGAACAGAUCCAACAUAUGCCAAUUGAUCUUGGAUGUCCAAUUGUCCAUGCAAGUUGUGCAGAUCCUUAUGUGACAUUACUUUCUGAAGAUGGUCAAGUUAUGUUAUUAACUCUUAGAGAAGGACGUGGAACGGCAAGAUUGCAUGCUCAAACAGCUAAUUUAUUAUUUCGACCUCAAAUAGAAGCAUUAUGUGCUUAUAGAGAUGUUAGUGGAAUAUUUACAACACAAUUGCCUGAAAAUGUAGAAGAUGAAGUACCUGAAGAAGAACAUAAUAUAGAAGAACCACCUAUUGUUGGUAAUAUUGAUAAUGAAGAUGAUCUAUUGUAUGGUGAUGCACCAGCUUUUCAAAUGCCUACACCAUCACAUACUAAAUCAUCUGAAGGAAUAUUUAAAAGAACACCUUGGUGGCAAAAACAUUUACAAGAAAUAAAACCAACAUAUUGGUUACUAGUAUAUAGAGAUAGUGGAACUCUCGAAAUUUAUUCUCUUCCUGAUUUACGCUUAUCCUAUCUUAUUCGUAAUUUUGGAUAUGGGCAAUAUGUAUUGCAUGAUAGCAUGGAAUCUACAACAUUACAAACAACGCCUGUUAAUGAAAUUCCUAAUCCUGAAAUGCAGGUGCGUGAAAUUUUAAUGGUAGCAUUAGGUCAUCAUGGAAAUAGGCCAAUGUUAUUAGUACGACUUGAUUCUGAACUUCAAAUUUAUCAAGCAUAUAGAUAUCCAAAAGGUCAUUUAAAAUUAAGAUUUAAAAAGCUAGAUCAUGGUAUAAUACCAGGACACUUAAGACCAAGACCAAGAGAUGAAGAUAUGCCUGCAAUGAAUGAUACUCGACAUUGCAUGAUGCGCUAUUUUAGUAAUAUCGCUGGAUACAAUGGUGUAUUUAUUUGUAGUGAUUAUCCGCAUUGGAUAUUUCUCACAGGACGUGGUGAAUUACGUACACAUCCAAUGGGUAUUGAUGGCCCAGUUACUUCAUUUGCACCUUUUAAUAACAUAAAUUGUCCACAAGGUUUUCUAUAUUUUAAUAGAAAGGAAGAAUUAAGAAUAUGUGUUUUGCCAACUCAUUUAUCAUAUGAUGCUCCAUGGCCUGUUAGAAAAGUACCAUUACGAUGUACACCACAUUUUGUUACAUAUCAUCUUGAAAGUAAAACUUAUUGUGUCAUAACGAGUAUAGCUGAACCACUUAAAAGUUAUUACAGAUUUAAUGGUGAAGAUAAGGAGUUUACAGAAGAAGAACGACCUGAUAGAUUUAUUUUUCCUUCACAAGAACAAUUUUCAGUAGUAUUAUUUUCACCUGUUUCAUGGGAAACAAUUCCUAACACUAAAAUUGAACUUGAUCAAUGGGAACAUGUUACUUGUUUAAAAAAUGUUUCUUUAGCUUAUGAAGGUACACGAUCUGGUUUAAAGGGUUAUAUAGUAUUAGGUACAAAUUAUAAUUAUGGAGAAGAUAUUACAAGCAGAGGAAGGAUACUCAUAUUUGAUAUAAUUGAAGUUGUACCUGAACCUGGUCAACCAUUAACAAAAAAUAGAUUUAAACAAAUUUAUGCAAAAGAACAAAAAGGUCCCAUAACUGCAAUUACACAAGUAUCUGGCUUCUUAGUCUCAGCAGUUGGUCAAAAAAUUUAUAUUUGGCAAUUGAAAGAUAAUGAUCUUGUUGGAGUUGCUUUCAUAGAUACACAAAUUUAUAUCCAUCAAAUGUUAAGUAUUAAAAGCUUAAUUUUAAUAGCUGAUGUAUAUAAAUCUAUUAGUUUAUUAAGAUUUCAAGAGGAAUAUAGAACAUUAUCUCUUGUUAGUAGAGAUUUUAGACCAGCUGAAGUUUAUACUAUUGAAUAUUUAAUUGACAAUACUAAUUUAGGAUUUCUUGUUGCUGAUGGUGAAAGUAAUAUAGCUUUAUUUAUGUAUCAACCAGAAUCGCGAGAAAGUCUCGGAGGACAAAAAUUAAUUAGGAAAGCCGAUUUCCAUCUUGGUCAAAAAGUAAAUACAUUUUUCCGUAUAAGAUGUAGAAUUUCGGAUCCAGCGAAUGAUAAAAAGCAUUUUUCUGAUGCAGAUAAAAGACAUGUUACAAUGUAUGCAUCACUUGAUGGCAAUCUUGGUUACAUUUUACCUGUACCAGAAAAAACAUACCGAAGAUUACUUAUGUUACAAAAUGUCUUAGUAACACAUAUUUGCCAUAUUGCUGGUUUAAAUCCCAAAGCAUAUCGUACUUAUAAAAGUCACAUUCGAACUCAAGGUAAUCCUGCAAGAGGUAUAAUUGAUGGUGACUUAGUUUGGCGUUAUCUAUAUUUACCUAACAAUGAAAAAAUAGAUGUAGCAAAAAAAAUCGGUACACGUGUACAAGAAAUAAUAGAAGAUCUGACGGAGAUAGAUAGACAAACAGCUCAUUUUUAAAAAAAAUAUCUUUUUAUUAUUUCAAAUCUCCAUUUUAAAUAGAUUCUUCUAUCUAAUGAAAUGUUUAAUCAAGGGAAUAUUUUUCUAUUUAAAAUAAUAAUAAUUAUAAUUGUAUUUAUAUUUUUUAUAAAACCUACAUUUUUAGAAAUUUAAGUUUAUUGUAAACAUAGUUGAAAUUUUAAAUAUGUAUGUAUAUCAUAUUAAAAUGAAUUUUGUACAGAUUAAGAAUAUAGUGAUUUUUUUAAAUUGCUAAAUUCACGAGUUAUUUUUUGUCAAAAAAAUAUUUUAAUUAGACAAUAAAUUUUUAUAAAGAUUGAAA